CUCCUCCUCCCCCCGCUCUCGCGACAGCUCCGCACAGAAAAUGGCCCCGCGGCCGCCCCGCCGCUGAUGCGCGACCCGGGCGGCGCCGGCCCCGCCGCAGCCCCGCAUCGCCGGGAGGAGCCGCCGUGUCCCUGUGCCCGCGCAGCCCCCGCCAGGCCAUGAAGACGGAGAAGGACGAGGCCGUGGCCGCCUUCUCCCUGCGGGGGAAGCUCGGCGCGGAGGGGGCAGGCUGCAGUGACCCGGCCCUGCCCAGUGCCCCCAUGCCGGGGAGCGGAGGGACCCCGGCCCCGGAGCUGCGGCCGCUGAAGCGCAGACCUGUCCCAGGGAAACACUACCAGUGCUCGAGCUACGGCUGCAAACUGGCCUUCCCCAGCAUGCAGGAGCUGAUGGACCACCUGAAGGUCCACUACAGACCCACGCAGUCCCUCGAGGGCAAAACCUUCCGCUGCCCCACCCUGGGCUGCACCGAGACCUUCCCCAGCAUGCAGGACCUCAUGGCGCACAUGAAGGUGCACUACAAACCAAACCGCUACUUCAAGUGUGAGAACUGCCUGCUGCGCUUCCGCACGCAUCGCUCCCUCUUCAAGCACCUGCACGUCUGCUCCGACAGCGCCAGCGGCCCCGCGCCGCCCCCCAAGCCCGACAAGCCCGUCCUGCCUCCCGCUACCUCAGCCCCGGAGAAGGAGCCCCCGGCCAAGCCGCCCGAGGCGCCGCCCAAGCCGCCGAGCGCUCUGCGGCCGCUGGAGAAGGACGCGGCGGGCGCGGACACUGCCCCGGCGGCGCUGCCCACGGCGCUGCCCGAGCUGCCCGGCUCGCUGGAGCCGCUGCCGCUGGUGUCGCCGGCCCCCCACCCCUUCCCGCUGCUGGAGCCCGGCCUGUUCGGGCCCUCGUCCUUGACUCGGUUCUCGGGGCCGGCGCCGUCCUCGGUGCCCGGGCCGUUCCUGCCCUACGUGCCGCCCUCGCCCUACGGGCUGGCGCAGCCCCCGGCUCAGCACCGCCUGCGGCCCUUCCUGCCGGGCCACGGCCCCCCCAGCGUCUCCAACGCCGUGUGGAAGAAAAGCCAAGGUGUGAGUGUCAGCCCACUCCUCCCAUGCUUUGGCUCAGGAGUGACUCCAGGGCACUCCUCCAACAGCCGCAUCGUGUGGGAGCACACGCGGGGCCGCUACAGCUGCACGCAGUGCCCCUUCUCCACCGCCUCCCGCCAGGAGAUGACCCUGCACAUCGAGGACCACCGCAAGAACCCCCCGCCCCCGCGCCUGGAGGCCGAGAUGGAUUUCGGGGUGGGCCUCGCCCCGUUCCACGCCAAGCUGCCGCCGGAGAUGGAGAGCUCCCUGUACUCGCAGCUCUGAUGGCCUCGGCUCCCUCGGGACUCUCCUGAGCCGGGCAGGGGGCACAGCACAGCCCCUGCCCCUGUGCUGGGACAGGCUCCCCUCGCUGGGGACAGGAGCACCCCCAGCCCGGGGUGCCAGGGGGGGCAGAUGUUUCCCCUGGAAUUUCUCCCCUUUUUAUUUUCGGGAACUCUGCAGCACCCGGAACCCCUGUAUGUCCCUCCCCUCAAGGUUUUGUUGCUUCAGCCCCGGGGGCUCUGCGGGGAGCCCGGUAGGUUCUCAGGAGUUAGUGGACUUCUCUGGAAUGAGAUCUCAGAAUAAUAAAUGGGAAUUGUACAGGAGUGGCGGCCGGGAGAGGCUCUGUCAGUCCCUGUGGGGCCAGGGGGAGCGGGGCUGGCACUGAGGAGACCCCCAAAAGCAAAGAAGGGGGACAUGGGGGCACGGGGGGGUGACCCUGUGCUCCCGGGCUGGCCCUGCCAGGGGCUGGCUUGGGGAAGGGGAAAGGGGAAAGGGAAGUGUUUGGGGAAGGGGAAGGUCUGAGGAAGGGGAAGGGACGCUCCAUGCUCCCACUGCCAGCACAUCCCAGAGCAGGAAGGGCUCCUGAGCAGCAGCGCUGGAGCCUCUGCCUGCUGCACCCCUGCAACCAGACCAGGGUGGGACCCCAGCCCCCAACCAGCCUCGGUGCCUGUCCCAGCCCUGCCGCAGGCAGAGGUGGCAGGAGGAGGGCAUGGAAUGGCACAGAAGAGCCACUGGGAGGGGCAGGGGCCCCGGUGCCCAGCCGGAGGGGGCUGCACCCCCCGUGGGAGCACCCCGGGGCUCCCCCAGUCCCGCUCUGCCCGUCCCAGCCCGGCGGGGUGAAAGGUUUGCUGCGAACUGGUUCGAGGGGAGGCGUGCUGGGACCUGCCGGUGGCCACGCCAGCCCUGGCCGGGAACGGGGGAUGGGAGCGGUGGAGGAGCCGGCACCCGCUGCUCUGCUGCCGCCAGCCCCUGGAGGGGCACAGGCUCCGGGAGGGGGCUCAGAAAGGCCCAGCGGCCACCUGGGCGGGUGGGCAUCCCCUCCUCCUGCUGCCAUCCCUUCCUCCUGCUGCUGCCAUCCCUUCCUCCUCCUCCUGUCAUCCCUUCCUCCUGCUGCCUCCCUCCCUUCCUCCCCUCAUCCUUCCUCCUGCUGCCAUCCCUGCACAGGGUGAGCAGCACCCCGGGAUGCCCCAGCUCCCUCCUGCAGCCCCCUGAGCUGGUCCCUGAGCUGGGACCGUGCCCUCCCCAGUCCAGCCCCGUGCCCUCGGGCCCUGAGCAGGGGGAUGGAGACCCUGAAGUGUCCAUUGGACACCCUGAAGUGUCCCUGAGCUCUGUCCCUGACGGUGACACCUCAUCAGAGCCAGCACGGGAACACGGAGCCCCCCAAGGGGGGGGACCCCGAGGUCCCACAGAGGGGCAGGGGGCACAGCUCAGCCCAUGCCCGGCUGGCACGGGAAGCUGCCCUGGCCCCCAGCCCAUCCAACACUCCCCUGCCUCCUCCAGGGCAGGUGCCCACCCCCAAAAGGCAGGAGGGAGACCCUUCCCAAGCUCUCCCUGACCCUGGGUCCGGCUCUGGCCCCCACCAAGGGCAGCACUGGGGGCCCUGCAGACCCCAUCGUGCUGGGACCCCACGCCACAGCAGAACCCCACUGUCCCCACCAGCCCAGGGGGGCCAAACCCAGCCCUCCUGGGGACAGGGGGCAGUCCCUGCUCCCAGGAACACCCCAGACCUGCCCCAAAGGCCCCACUCCGAGCAUUCCUGGCUGUUCCCAAGGCAGACGCAGCCAAGACAAGCUCCAUUGCCGUGGAUUUUUAAAAACUGAAGUCUUUAUUAAAGUUUUAUCCAAAUUUUGUAACAAAAGAUACAAAAGGGCUGGAGAUUCUUAUUUCUGGGACUAGUCUGACCAAUCAAAACCUGACAGUUACUAGGCUAAUAUAAAAUCCAUACAAUCUGCUAAAAAUGCAGGGAAAAAAAUUAGAAGUAACUGCUGCUCUGACUCUUUUUUUUUCUUUUU